AUGUCGCCCACUGCUCUUUGGUGGGCCAAGACGAUAUCCUCUACCUCAUUCGUCGGUCUAAGCCUAGCAGUUCUCAUCAGAGGAUGUAUGCGACCACAUUCGCCGUCAGCAGAGAUUCCCGCAGAAGUCUUUUCAUUUCUGGCCUCCCUUGCGGCCGCCGUUCUGUCACAAUGGGAACACAUACGAUCCAUAAGGCCCAGUGCACUGCUACAACUCUAUCUGAUGGUAGCCUUGGUCGUACAAGCUGUGCACCUUCGCUCGCUCUGGCUUCGUAAUGACGACACAACCAUGAGAGGUUUGGGCCUUGGCCAGAUUGUCGCUUGCGCUAUCUUCCUCGCUGUCGAAAGUGUGAGCAAGGAGUCCAUACUAUUACAACGUCAGAAACGCAGUCCUCAAGACACCAAUGACAUGUUCAGUCAACGCCUAUUCUGGUGGCUCAACAACAUGUUCAAGCGUGGAUACACUUCCGUUUUGGCACCCAAUGACCUCGACAAGAUGGACGAGGAUCUGUCAUCCACCGACCCACAACGAAGGUUCAGACUUGAAUGGCGUAGGCAUACUACGAAGAACCCUAAAGUCAACAUGCUCCGCGUAGUUUUCAGCGCCAUUGGUUACGAUAUGAUGUUUCCGGUCAUUCCGCGGCUGCUUCUGCUCGCAAUCCAGUUCUCCCAGCCAUAUCUGAUCAUGCGUUUCGUCGACUACAUCGACAAUCCUGAGAAAGGCGGGACUGAAGAGGGCAUUCUACUUGUGCUCGCCACUGCAAUUGUUUAUGUUGCCAUUGCUACCUUUCAAAGUUGGUAUUGGCAGGCAGUCGUUCGAUUUCAGACAAAACUCCGAGGCUGUUUGAUCAGUCAGAUCCACGACAAAGCUUUGCGCUCGCGGGUCGAUACAAACUCCAACCCUCUGAUGCUCAUGAAUGUCGACGUCGAAAAAACACUUGUUGGCAUCAGACCAAUUCACGAGUUCUGGGCUUGUGGUGUAUCGAUCGUGAUUGCUCUGGGACUCUUGUAUAACCAAGUCGGAUUGCCUUUCCUCGCACCACUUAUCCUUCUUGUGGUUUUCAUCACAAUCGCCUCCACGAACGGUAAAAAGAUCGCUCCGAAGAUAAAGAUCUGGCUGGCGACAACACAAGACCGUGUUUCUUAUAUCACCAGCGUUAUAGGAUCGAUGAAGAACAUCAAGCUACUUGGUAUCGGAGCCUCAGUACUCAAUAAAGGCAACAAGCUUCGCGAGAGGGAAGUCCGUGCCCAAAGAGCCAUUCGAAUAUCGUCCAUGAUCAAUCUGAUCAUCUCACUCACCAAUUUCCAAGCAGCCACACUCGCCAUGUAUGGAGCGUUUGCGAUCAAGACACAUUUCACUGGAACGCCUCUGACCAACUCAACUCUUUUCACAUCAUUGGCGGUGCUGAAGCUGUUUACCAAUCCACUUCUUAUGACUAUCCAAUACUUGCCAUCGUUACUGCAAGUGUUUUCUGCGCUUGCCAGAAUCCAGGAGUACCUUGUUACUGAAGAUCACACAGAUCAACGUACCAUAGACUCCGAGGCUAUGGCACAUGGACGCCAUACAAAAACAGGCGUGUCAGUCUCAGAGUUGAAUGAUAUUGCGCAAACCCGAGGGUUAAGCUGUGGUUACUCGGAAGAUAAUACGGUUUUGGAGAAUGUUGAGCUUAGCUUACCUCGUAACAAGCUCAAUAUGGUAGUCGGGAGUGUUGGCUCGGGCAAAUCCACUCUACUCAAAGCUCUCCUAGGCGAAGUCACUAUCCACUCUGGCUCAAUUACUGUGGCAGACGACGAAAUUGCCUAUUGCAGUCAGAACCCUUGGCUCUGGAAUGGUAGUAUAAGAGAGAAUAUCAUAGGAGCCGACAUCCCCGACGAUGUCUGGCUGAUGAAGGUAUGCUGGGCAUGCGGACUUGAUCAAGACUUCCAGGAGCUUCCGGACGGCAUCGAUACUCUUGUUGGCAACGAUGGCACAUCAUUAAGUGGCGGCCAGAAGAACCGUAUCAGUCUAGCACGAGCAGUCUACUCCCGCAGACCGCUGGUUUUGCUUGAUGACGUUCUUUCUGGCUUGGACACUCGAACAGAGCGGCUUGUGUUCAACCGUGUCCUGGGUCCUCAAGGCAUCCUACGCAGGAUGGGGAACACAGUUGUUUUGGCAACUCACGCUAUUGGUUGGCUGCGCUAUGCUGACACAGUACUUGUGGUCGAGAACGGCAAACUGGUUUAUCAGGGUGGUCCGGAAAAUGCACCUGCCUCAUUCAUACGCAAACACGCGGAGGUACCACAGCACGAAGCCGACGAGGAAGACAUCGAGAACACGAGCCCUGCUGAGAUUCCGAUCAAGACAUCCCGAUCAUCAAGUGUCUCCUCCUCAACUACCAAAACUCAGUCCAACUGGCAAUUGUACAAGACUUACUUCAAAUCCUUUGGUCUCCUCGGCUUCUCUUCUUUCACCCUUCUCAUCAUAGGAUUUUCUGUUCUGCAAUGUGUACAACAGCUGGUACUCAAAUGGUGGGCUGGUGCUGAAGUUACAAGUCCAUCUGGACUCGGCAAAUGGGUGGGCAUCUUGGGCGCCAUCACUGUUUCCUUCUUGGCCGUUGUUUUCUUGACCCUGUACAUUGGCUUCAUAUACAUGUUCCCUCGGUCUAGCUUGUACCUGCAUGUCAAGCAGUUCUCAGCACUGGUCAAGAUCCGCUACUCCGCUUGGGGUGGUAAAGAGACUGGAAGUAUCGCCAAUCGAUUCUCGCAAGACAUCGCGAUUAUCGACAUGCAACUCGGAAACGCUCUUCUCAACGUCAUGGCAGGUACAACCGACGUUAUAGCGAUGACAUCGAUCAUCAUUGUGGCCACACCCUUCAUCGCUGCAACGCUACCUGUUCUUGCACUGGUCUUCUGGGUCAUCCAAAAUAUCUAUCUGCGUACUGGAAAACAGCUGCGAAUCAUGGAUCUCGAGGCAAAGGCUCCCCUAUGUACGCACUUCCUGGAGACAGUGACUGGUGUUGCAACCAUCAAGUCAUUUGGCUGGGCCAAAGCCUACAGGGAAAAGAACGAAAGACUUUUGGAAAACAGUCAGACGCCAUACUAUCUUCUUGAGUCCGUACAAAACUGGCUCUCUCUAGUCCUGAACCUCGUGGUCGCUGGUCUUGCGACUGUGACGAUGGCUAUAGUCGUCAAAAUGCGAUCAAGCAGAGAUGGUGGUUACGUUGCCUUAGCAUUGAUCAACAUCAUGGACAUUGGACCAAUCCUCGAAAUGCUCGUCGUAGCCUGGACACAGCUCGAAACCAGCAUGGGCGCCAUCGCACGCAUGAAAGAGUUUAUCGAAAGCACACCAGAAGAAGAGCAAGGCCAAAUUAACCCUCCAUCAGACUGGAUGACUGAAGGCAACAUCUCCAUCACAAACCUCGAAGCUUCAUACUCAGACACCGCACCCUCCACAAUCAAAAACAUCAAUCUAGACAUCAAGCACGGUCAAAAGAUUGCCAUCUGCGGCCGCACAGGCAGCGGCAAAUCGUCUCUUGCCUCCGCCGUAUUCGAACUUUUGCGCUCGAAAAUGAUCGCACUACCCCAAGACCCAUACUUUACCUCUGGGACUGUGCGCGAAAACCUCUCUCUUCGCAGUACAGACGCCAAACGCAGCGAUGCUGAAAUGCUAGCUGCGUUGUCUCGUGUAGGCCUCCUCGCCAAAUUCGAAACACUCGCUCAAGCAGAAGGAUCGACUUGGCUUACUCCUCUGGACGUUGCGCUCAACCCUGAAGACAUGCUCACGAAAGGCCAAACGCAGCUCUUCGCCAUGGCACGCGCGAUGCUGUCUUCAGGCAGCAUUGUGCUUGUCGACGAAGCCACGUCAGGACUCGAUCAUGAGACCGAAGCUGUGGUGCAGAAAUUGUUGAGAGAGGAAUUCGAGGGUAAAACUGUUAUUGCUAUCGCGCAUCAUUUACAGACAAUUGUGGAUUUUGAUGUCGUGGUUGUGUUGGAUGGAGGCAAGAUUGCCGAGGUGGGUGUGCCUGGAGAGCUGAUGACAAGAGAAGGAAGUUUGUUUGGAGAGUUGCUUAGAGCUGCUAGUUGA